UACUCCAUAGGCUGUAUAGUGAUGCACCUGUAAACUCACUGCACAGAAACAAGUGCUGGUUCCUUUAACAUUGGAUGUACUGUAGUAAGGCACCAAAAGCUAGUGUGAGGGGGACUUCACUUCACAGCGGCGUCUUUCUCCAGCAUCGUUCCGGAUGGCACUUGAUGUCCAGUUGAUUCUUAAAAACGAAAUUUGAGAUAGGUUAUUCGGUAAAUGCUUGAUCUAUAUUUCGAGAGAUUGAAUUAACCGUUGACAUUUGGAUGCAUUGCGUUCCGUACCCUCCCUGAAGCUCAAGCUGUGGUACAGCAUUUUCAACUACGACCGGUCGGCCGCAGAAGCAAAGAGAAGGAGGGAGAGCUCUAUUUUUUUUCUUGAGAAUAAACUGAAUGAGAUAGGCUGAAAUAAAGCCAAGCUACUUGUCCAUUUCAAGGCAAGAAAGUACUCUAAGGAAACGACAAUUGUUCACAUUUGGAGGAAUUGGACCACUCAUUUUCUGCAAAGAAAAGUAGAGGAUAAUUUCCAACUAUUUUGGAUGCGGAUAUAAGAGAACGAAUCAAUGCCCCAUUUAACUGGUACCGCAAGGAUAUACGGAAAGACGACCGAUUUUUAAAUUGUUAUUGAGUGAGUAGCCUGGUCGAUACGCGCAUAUAGCAGGUUAUUUCUCCCUUAUACCAGCGUGCAAGAGGCUACCCCAUAUGAAGGGCUACCCGCGAAAGCGCAUUGCUAUAGAAAACUGGGGAUUGCAUUGCACAAACUGCUGCCGUUUCUUUCCUUACCGCUAAAUCCAACCGAGUCUACACCUGUUCCAUAAGGAGAAAAUGACAAAAGAGAUAUAAGGAGAAGCACUGCUAAAACAGCAAAAACGUCGAUUGAUGUUGAAGAGCCAGCGUGUCAGCAGCAGUGAGACCCAGCAGAGUGGUGCGGGUGGUGUUUGGGAUGCGGAGAGCCGUAUAGGAGCUAAGUGGGCCCCUCACCUUAGCGCCAUCUGCUUCCUGUGCCGCUUCAAGAUGGAUUAGAGCCUUUACGCCUCCAGAGAUCAAAGGUGGCUGUGACAGGGGGACCCCCGGGGCAGGACCCAUGAGGAGUCAUAGAAGAUGCUCGCAGCCUGGGCGCCUCUGCUCCUCUUAGCCAUGUGGGUGAGAUGUACCUCCGCUGGGCCGCUCUCCUUCAGAAUAGCCGCCAUACUUGACGACCCAAUGGAGUGCAGCCGGGGUGAGCGAUUGGCCAUCACUCUGGCGAAGGACAGCAUCAACCGGUCCAGUAACCGUUCCACAACGGGAAAGCUGGAGGUGGACAUCUUUGAGCUGCUGAGAGACAGUGAAUAUGAGAUGGGAGAGACCAUGUGCCAGAUCCUGUCCAAAGGAGUGGUGGCAGUCCUGGGUCCCUCCGCCAGCCCUGCUUCCAAUUCCAUCAUCAGCAAUAUCUGUGGAGAGAAAGAGGUUCCCUAUGUGAAAGUGGCCCCCGAGGACAUUCUGAAGGUUCAGUUCCCCCGCUUCACCACCCUGGACCUGCGCCCCACCAACACAGACAUCAGCCUGGCCGUGGCUGGCCUGCUCACCUUUUUCAACAGCACCACAGCCUGCCUCAUCUGUGCACAGGCCGACUGCUUAUUAAAUCUGGAGAGACUGUUACGCCAGUUCCUCAUCUCCAAGGAGACACUAUCGGUUCGCAUGCUGGAUGACAGCCAGGAUCCCACACCCCUUCUCAAGGAGAUUCGCGAUGACAAGACUGCCACCAUCAUUGUGGACGCUAACGCAACAAUGUCCCACAUCAUUUUGGAAAGGGCGUCGGAGCUGGGCAUGCUGUCCGUCUACUACACCUACAUCUUCACCUCGCUGGAAUUCUCUCUGCUGCGAUUGGAUGACGUGCCCAGUGAGCGGGUGAACAUUCUGGGCUUUUCCGUCUUCAACCGAACACAUCCCUUCUUCCAGGAUUUCCUCCUCAGCCUCAACCGUUCCUGGCAGGAAAACUGUGACCACGCCCCCUUCGCCGGCACACCGCUAUCGUCGGCGCUGCUGUUUGACGCAGUGCAUGCGGUGGUGGCGGCGGUCCAGGAGCUCAACCGUAGCCAGAACGUGGGCGCCACGCAGCUCUCUUGCAAGUCCUCCAAGAUAUGGGAGCAUGGCACCAGCCUCAUGAACUACCUGAGGAUGGUAGAAUUGGAAGGACUAACGGGCCACAUUGAAUUCAACAGCAAAGGCCAGCGGUCCAACUAUGCCCUGCGGAUCAUGCAGAACAGUAGAGACGGCCUAAGGCAGAUUGGCCAGUGGCACUCAGAGCAGGGCCUGUCCAUGGAGAGGAAGCUUCCAUCAAUCAACGUGACAGACACUCUCUUCAACACCACCCUCACCAUCACCACUAUCCUGGAGAACCCUUACGUGAUGCUGCGACCGAACCACCAGGAGAUGGAAGGGAACGAGCGCUACGAGGGCUUCUGUGUGGACAUGCUGAAGGAGCUGGCGGACGUCUUGAAAUUCAAGUACCAUAUCAAUCUGGUGGGGGACGGGGUGUACGGGGUAUCGGGGACCAACGGUACCUGGACGGGCAUGGUGGGAGAGCUCAUCUCCAGGAAAGCGGAUCUGGCCGUAGCGGGGCUCACCAUCACCGCAGAGAGGGAGAAGGUCAUCGAUUUCUCCAAGCCUUUUAUGACCCUUGGAAUCAGCAUCAUGUACCGUGUGCACUUGGGCCGCAGACCUGGCUACUUCUCCUUCCUAGACCCUUUCUCUCCCGGGGUGUGGCUCUUCAUGCUGCUAGCCUACCUGGCAGUCAGCUGUGUGCUCUUUCUGGUCGCCAGACUCACCCCCUACGAGUGGUACAAUCCCCACCCCUGCCUGAAGGGGCGCUGUAACCUCCUCAUCAACCAAUACUCGCUAGGCAACAGCUUCUGGUUCCCCGUGGGGGGGUUCAUGCAGCAGGGGUCCACCAUUGCGCCCCGCGCCCUCUCCACGCGCUGCGUCAGUGGAGUAUGGUGGGCGUUCACCCUGAUCAUCAUCUCGUCCUACACGGCCAACCUGGCCGCCUUCCUCACUGUCCAGAGGAUGGAGGUGCCCAUUGAGUCAGUGGACGACCUGGCUGACCAGACGGCCAUCGAGUACGGCACCAUGCACGGGGGUUCCACCAUGACCUUCUUCCAGAACUCGCGCUACCAGACGUACCAGCGCAUGUGGAACUUCAUGCACUCCAAGCAGCCCAGUGUGUUUGUGAAGAGCACGGAGGAGGGCAUCGCCCGCGUGGUCAACUCCAACUAUGCCUACCUGCUAGAGAGCACCAUGAACGAGUACUACCGUCAGCGUAACUGUAACCUCACCCAGAUAGGAGGUCUGCUGGACACCAAGGGCUACGGCAUCGGCAUGCCAGUGGGGUCAGUGUACCGGGAUGAGUUUGACCUUGCCAUCCUCAAGCUGCAAGAAGACAACCGUCUAGAGAUCUUGAAGAGGAAAUGGUGGGAUGGUGGCAAGUGUCCAAAGGAGGAGGAUCACCGUGCCAAAGGGCUCGGCAUGGAAAACAUAGGCGGUAUCUUCGUGGUGCUGGUGUGUGGUCUCCUGGUGGCCAUAUUCAUGGCGGUGCUGGAGUUUAUGUGGUUUCUGCGGCAGACGCCCGGAACAGAGCUGUCGGUGUGUGAGGAGAUGUUACGAGAGCUCCAGGGGAUCGUCCUGUGCCGGGACAGCCUACAGCUGAGGCGUCGGCGGGGGACGACCAUGCUCCGUCCUCGCUCCCUGCCCCUGGAAGAGCGCCGGGCGAGGGCCGCCGCCGUCAGCCUGAGCAAUGGCAAGUUGUGUGGCGCUGCCGCCGGCCUGCCCCUCUCCGAGCCCCUCUCCCACAGACUGGCGCAGGAGGCGGCUUUGGUGGCGCGUGUGCAGCCACAUCCGCAUCUGCCCCGAGUGCAGGCGCUUCCAGGGGCUGCGCGCCAUUCGUCCCGGGGGAGGCCCCGGCCACGGCGCCUCGCCCACCCACAGCGAGGAGAGCAUAGAGUGGGAGAAAACGACCAACAGCAGCGAACCCGAAUAACAAUGACCCCACCCCCCCUUGACCUGGACAACCCUUUUACCUACCUAGACCACCACACACCCACUGUACUACUGUACCCAGUAGGCACGUCUCCACAAGGGCAACAGGGGGCAUCAUGGGAAGGUCAUGUGGUACUGUGGCAGGAGCUGCCUAGUUCCUGGUGUAUUUGAUUUGGGAGGACGGGGGCUGGGGCGUUGGCUUUGGCUGUGGAAAUUUUGGGCACGUCCCCCCUGGAAGAGAUCUUUGAGUUGAGUAGAGCUCUGGAAUGAUGCCCUGGGCUUAGUGAUGGAACUCCCGUUGUACAUGUCAAUAGAGACUACCAGAGGAAGUCCGUGAGAGGGGACACGACCUCUCUGUAUGGGCUGUCUGUCUCGAAGGCCCUAUGCCCUGUCUAGGAUGUGAAGGACACAGGUUACGGGGCAUUUGUACUAUGCAGUAUUUUCUGUCACUCGUGCUAAUUGUUGAUUUGUUUAUAAAUUAUUUGUCCUUUUUGUUGUGUUCUUGAUAUUGAUCAUAUUGUUACUAUUCUAUUGUUCUCUGAGACGGUACCAUUUUUUAUUUUCUCGAGAGCUGUGGACAUUAUUGCCUUUUCAGAGCUAAAAACAGAGAACGCGUAGAAAAAGACUUCCAAUUCAGCAUCAUUCUUUGAAAGUGCCGACAAAAAAAGAGGAUAUUGAGCGAUGGGAAAGCACCACGGCCUUGGGACGACGACGAUGACGACGACGAGAACUGAACAUGAAAACAAACACGACGACUCGUUUUAUAAUAGUGACUGUAUCCUAUAUGAAAAUGUGUUUUCAACAUGCUUCUGAAAGACAGCGACGCAUGUCAGCAGGUGUGAUGCUGAUGCUUGGAGGGGAGAAUGAGUUUCCCGUUCAAACAAUUUGCCCAGAGUCACAAAGAACCCCAAUGUAAUCAGAAAUAGUUCUCAUUCAUUCCCUUUGCGCAUGUGUGGGCCCUGUCUCUUGAUAUUGCCCCCGGAUCACAAGUCAUAAACAAUACUAGGAACCACAACAUCCCACCAUUUUGAGUUUCUUUCCAUUGUCCACUGUGGUAUACAGUAUCAUAUGAAUCCCAUAUACUGUAAGAAAUUGGUAUUGGUUCGCUAUUUCCAAUUUGUGCUCUCCAUUCCCUCUGUUCAACUCACUCCCUUUGUCAUCGUACUGCACCAUUGCCUCGACAUGACUCAGACACAAUCUCUGCGGCAUGCACUACACACUCAUGCACACGCACAGAAAUGCACACACUCACACAUGUAGGCACACAGGCAUGUGCACACACACACAAUACACAUAAGCAAUGCAGAUAGUUACACUGCAGAGGUAGUCAUACUGAGAUGGUGGCAUUGGGGAAGAAUUCAACACAUUCCAGAAGAAAUUAAAACUCCCAGUAAAUGUUUUUUACAGGAAUUUUAAUUUGAUUUAUUAAAGACUCCACCCAAAAUGAAACAUUGUCUGACGUUUUCGUAAGUCCGAGAUGUUUGAAGUCUUUUAUGGGACAUUUAUUCCUGGAUCACCAUUUUGUAAAUUCCGCAAUAUAAUUUAGAGAAAGGAUAUGGUGCCAAUUAUUCCCAUUAAUUUAGGAUAUAGGUCUGCAGAUUUCCCAAUGAUAACAAACCUCAAUUUUGGGGUGAGCUAUCCCUGUAACCAUCAGCAGAGACCGUAUUAAUUUGGCACCAAACGGAACAAAAAGGACUGAAACAGUCUUGAACUUGUCCAAUAAGAAACAAUCAUUUUAAUUCUCCUUUGCCAUUUAAAAAAAAAAUGCGUUUUCCAUCACAUGCCUUAAUGAAUACAAUCCUUGUAAUGAAAUGAAGGCCAUCCCCGUCCAGAUUGGAUUUGUGGAGCAAAGCUGUACUUUCUCCAUGUGUUCAUUCAAGUUGAUUUAGUCAAUGUACCAUAUCGCAAAUUCAUUGAUGUAGCAUGUAAUGUUACUCAUUUUCCUUUAGGAAGUUGGAUGUUUUAUAUGUUGCUGGUGGUGUCCUUGGGAUUCAUUGUUUUGUCUGUGCUUUUCUACUAAAUUGACUAAAAUGAGUGGGCGAAAGUGAACAACUGUUGUCUGUCUGUCAACAUUAGGCUUUGAUAGAUCCGCCUCCUCGACGAUGCCCAAGGGGUGUGCCACUCAUAUGUCAAGAGUGCCUGAAACCAGGCCAUCUUGACAAAGUAUUCGAUUGGAGGUAUGCCAGGUUCAUUUGUAUUUGUCACAUCCAAUCUAAAACCUGGACCUUAAAUCUGAAGGGACUCUUUCAGCAUUUGAAUUAAAUCCACUAUUAAGUUGAUUUCAUUCAUCUCUAAAAUUGCUUUUCAAGGCAUCUAAUACAAAGUGCCAGUCAAACACCGGAUUUCCGCACAGGAUAUGCAUUCUCCUGCCUUAGUGUACUUGGUUGAAGGUGUAUGACCUAGGCCAUGCAUUUUUACAAUGAUGUUAAUGAAACGGCUGAGCAGACAGCUUAGUUUGGGUCAAUGAGGGUCUGAGACUGUAGAAGGAACUGUUGUCUAUUUUCAUAAUGCCUUAAUCUACAUGCAUUGCGCCAGCAGGCCACAAAUGCAAAAGAUCCCUUAAGAACAGUGGUAUUCAAACUUUUUCAGCGGGGCAUACAUUAUUUUCCACCUGAAUUUCUGGGGACACCAUUUUCUUCCGAAGAAUUUCUUGCGACCCCCACCUCAAAUAUAAUGGCACAACCUUAAAAUCAUUUUGUUUUUUUACAUCAACAAUAAACCAUUGCAUUUUCCUCAUAUACAUUUUUUUAAGAAACCAAUAAAUACAUGUACUCAAUAAAAUUAUAUUUUCUAAUUAUCUUUCUCAGAAACAUUUUAAUAUAUAUUCCAUACAAUAAUCUGUACUCAUAAUGUUUUGUUCCUAAUAUACAUCUAUACACUGAUUGAGUGUAAAAAAUAUUAGGAACACCUGCUCUUUCCAUGACAUAGACUGACCAGGUGAAUCAAGGUGAAAGCUAUGACCCCUUAUUGAUGUCACUUGUUAAAUCCACUUCAGUCAGUGUACAUUGAGACAAUUGAGACAUGGAUUGUGUAUGUGUGACAUUCAGAGAAGGAAUGGGCAAGACUACCAUACCCUAUUUAAGUGCCUUUAAAUGGGGUACGGUAGUAGGUGCCAGGCGCACCGGUUAGUGUUUUAAGAACUGCAAUGCUGCUGGGUUUUUGGCGCUCAACAGUUUCCUGUGUGGAUCUAGAAUGGUCCACCAGCCAAAGGACAUCCAGCCAACUUAACACAACUGUGGGAAGUAUACAAGUCAACAUGGGCCAGCAUCCAUGUGGAACACUUUCGACACCUUGUAGAGUCCAUGUCCUGACGAAUUGAGGCUGUUUUAAGGGCGAAAGGGAGUGCAGCUCAAUAUUAGGAAGGUGUGUACACUCAGUGUGUAUAUAUAUAUAUAUACAAUAUACAUAGAUAUAUAUAUAUAUAUAUAUAUUAUGUUUUGUUUUGUCGACCCCACUGCAGCCUAGCUUUGAAUACCACUUUUUAAGAAUGUUCUCUUGCUUCAAUACUAGAAGAUCACUAGUGAAUUCCUUUAGUAGCCAAUGCCAACACAUUCAACAAAUAUGACGUUCAUAUUCCCCAUUUAAAAGUCCCUCAAUUACACCAAAUAUGGUGUUGCGACUUAACAAUUCCUUUACUUGUGGUAUGCACAGCCAUACUUUUCCUUAGUUUGAUUUUACAAAUAGACUUGGGAUCAUCAUCUGUUUUCAAAGGAUUCGAUUUCUUCUCAUGUCUGUUCAUUAUUCCACUGGAGACCAGUCCGACAUGUUUCCAUACGUUGUGAAUACCCGUAAAUACAUUUAGUUUGAUGCUCUACGAGAGGUUUUACCCUGUGAGUGAAGUCGUCCUGGUUUUGCUGUGUGACUAUUCUCUGAGAGGUGUUUGCUGUACAGUGUGUUUGUUUUUGAGCUCCUAAGGAUACAGAGAGAGGGGGUAAAGAAUAAGCUGUACAGCGCUCAUUGUUUUAUCAUAUAGAGGCUAUAGUGUCAAUCCUCUUAUGGAACUUUCUUGUCAUAGGUGUGUGAAUACAGAAUGCUCAACAAGGGUUUCCCAGUGGAGGUUCCAGGGGCUCUUUAUUUCUACAAGCCCUUACCUUAAUUAACCAGUAUCCACAUCAAAUUGAACUUGUGUGAACACACACACACACACACACACACACACAAGCACACACAUACUGCACUCACGUCUACAGGCAUGAUGAACAAUGACACAUUCAAACAUUCAAUCUGCAGGUGUUCUAUAAGGAGAUUGUAUGUAGCUGCUAGGUCACAGAGGCUGCAUACAAAAUGGUACCCUUUUGCUAUUCCCUGCUCUGGACAAAAGAAGUGUGCACUAUAUAGGGAAUAGGGUGCCGUUUGGGACAAACACUGAGACAGCGUGGGGUCAGCUGGAUGAGCUCCCGAGUUUAGGGAAUGCAUAGUGGGAUUCUGUGCUCCCAACUUUUAUGCAUCGAAAACAUUCACAGACUUUCAAUCAAGCGUAGUUGGAAUAAGAUUGCCAAUUACCUUAAAGGCUAAAGGGAGUUGAAUUGGAAUGAAGAGGAAUCGUCACGUAGAAGUAGCACUCUGAGACUUUCACUGGGAGACCCUGAGUAGGAUGGCAGGAUUUGGUUGCUAUAUUUUAUAUGCUUUAUUUUCUUAUGUUGUCCUUUUUAUUCCAAUAUAAAUACAUUUCUUAAAACAUAAA